AUGGGCAGAGUUUAUCUCUAUAAAAGGGUAAUACUUUACUACAUGGAGGUACUGAAACAGCGUGUUGAGCUGGCUGUUGUAAUUACGGCUGGCGGGGUCGGCCGAGGCCUGUCUAUCGCCUAUACUGGUGACAUCACUGAUCAAAACAGGGAGCGCUAUAAUCUUAAGUACUAUAUGGGUUUGGUCGAUGAACUAAAAAGUGUUGAAUUUCAAGGAAAUGCCGAACUGAUCAUUACGAUCAAGGACAUGGCUGGAGUUCUACACCCGUCAGCCGCUCGCCUUUUAGUCCGAAGUAUAAGGGACAAAUAUCCAGAUCUUCCGAUACAAGUUCACACUCAUGAUACAUCUGGAACCGGUGUCGCUUCUGCGAUCGCAGCUAUAGAGGAGGGAGCUGAUGGUGUUGACGCUGCGAUCGACAGCAUGAGCGGCGUAACCAGCCAACCGAGUCUCGGAGCCCUUGUGAGAAUUUACAAAAAUACUCCAAAAGUCACAGGUGAAUUUUCAUCCUUUUUUCACAAUUCCACCUUUUUCGCCGUUCUUUCAAUGUCAGGAGGGGUUUCAGAGGUUUCUAUAUCAGAAGGGGACCCUAAUAAGAACGGGUUUCAGAGGUUUCUAUAUCAGAAGGGGACCCUUAUAAGAACAGGGAUAUACUAG